AUGUUUUACGACAGUGCCCACAGUCCUUCUGCGCCCCGCUUCGAGAUGGCUUCGUCGUUUUGGAAAGGUGUUGUUGGUGUGGGGCUUUUUGCCCUGGCCCACGCAGCUUUCUCGGCGGCACAGCAUCGAUCAUACAUGCGGCUCACAGAGAAGGAGCAUGAGACGCUACCAAUUGACAUUGUCCUGCAGACCUUAUUAUCAUUUGUGAUGACCUGUUAUGGGAUCGUCCACAUUGCUGGAGAGUUCAAGGACAUGGAUGCUUCUUCAGAGCUGAAAAACAAAACCUUUGACACACUGAGGAAUCACCCGUCGUUUUACCUCUUCAACCAUCGAGGUCGAGUUUUAUUCCGCACACCGAACGAGGAGCCCUCCUCCAUACUCAACCAGCAGGCUCUUCCCAACCCCAUCAGGCUACGCAAGCUGGAGCAUUCGCACUGAACCGGGCUUCUCCUGCCUCUGACCUUCUCGCCGCCCGGAUAGGAUUUGUUUUUGUUAGACUGGCUGAGGGGAUGGUCUGAGAACUUAACUACUUCCACUUAAAGUUUUAUUUAUUAAUAAACUAAUAUGCUGUCUAAAUUUUGCAUCUCUGUCCAUAAAGGGGUUACCACCAUAAUCAACACUGACUGUGCCAACCCUUCUGUUUUCCAUGCAGUUUUGUUUUUAUCUAUGGUAUAAUACAAUAGCUUUAGUCUUAAAAUACUCCGACGUUUUCCUCUUUUAAACUAAAUCAGAAUAAUGCUGUCCUCGGUAUAUCUUUUAAAUCUUUGUUUUUUUCUAUGGCGGUUUGUUACUGUAUAAUUUUAGCCCCCCCCCCACCCCUCUUCCACUGCUGUCCAGGCCAAGUUUUAAGUUAGUAGUCGUAAACAGGAUUUAUAAACAUAAGAGCCCGUUUUUCUCUUAACGAUUUCCUGCAGGCACCAUGUAUCCUUUUUGUGGGGGAAUUAGUUUGAUUCAGCCACAGGAAAUCAGCUCGACGUGAGAGCAGGAAACCGUCAUUCUAAUGAUACUGUGAACAUGGAGUUGAAAUUCAGAGAAAUGAUUCAUUUAGAUGAGUUUUGUUUUCCAGUAUUUUCCAUUUUAAGAUCCUGUUUUUAAUUUAAUAAAGUUCAUACUGGUUUUA